AUGUCUUUCCAGCGACUCUUGGCUCUUGACGGGCCAGCCAGCUGGUCAAGGUCCUAUAUCGUGGGCGAUAUGGUCGGGUAUGCUCGCCCACUUCUGUGGUUGAUCCUGAGCUUGACUAUCAUCCACCCGGUGUGGAUGGUAACUGGUUGGCCUCGGGCUAUACUAACCGGCCUUCUCUACUUGCAGCAGCAGGCCGUCUUCUUGGGCCAUGAGUUAUCCCCUUUUGAGCCCAAGGCGUCACCUCUUCAGCACGAGGUGCUGGAUCUGGAGCAGAAGGUAGUAUUGACCAAGACAGUCAUGAUGCACCAGUGGGCUCAGCACAUCAGCGGGGACAAUUUCUAUGCCCAGCGCGAGCGCUAUCGCAUCACUGUUGACGGAGAAAAGGUUCCGAUCUUGGAACCGCUGCCGACAAGACCUUGCGAGAUCCUCGGUGGUGAAGAUUAUAUUGUCAUUACAAGCCCAACUCCUGAUGUUGCUGUGCAGACAGUGGUUGAACCGACAAUGACUGACGACUGGACAGAUCGAUAUCUGGAGCUCAUACAUCGCGUCUUUCAGGUUGAUUGGGAAGAAGUCUUGGUCGAUGAGAAAAGACCAAUGAUUCCUCGCCACCCGCAGAACGAUGUUGGAACAGAAACCGAUGAGUGGAUAGGUAAGUACUUGGAACUCGUACAUCGUGUCUUCAAAAUUGGUGGUGAGGAACUCUCGGUGAAUGAUAUCAGCCUGGUGCUCCCUGGAACGGAAGAGGGGAGGCCAAUGGAAGAGGAACACGUCCGAGGGAGCUUGGCAGAGCUGAAGAGGUUGGUCUGCGAAGAGGCGGCAAGUCGACUUCAGGGUCCUAACGGGCUUGCGCAGCUGUGUUCCCAUUAG